GGUUGUUUUCAUUCAGAAAAUACCCUCAGAUUCUUAAUUUAAAACAAAAUCCGUGUGGUAUUAAAACAAAUGAUUUCGAUAAACCACGUAUAAGGCAUUGAAAGAUAUAACAAUGGAUUAGAUCGACGAAAACCGCAAGCAUAUAAGACAAAUCAAAUAUGGUAAGAACAGUGUUCAUGAAUUGUUUAUCUUGUGAGUUCUUUACGCGUUGUCUUGUGCAGUUGUAUGGCGCCACGAUACCAUAGGGAUAACGUUGUUUAACGCGGUUGAUUGGAGUAAUAUUUUUUUUUCACUUCUGAAACGUUACGAAUUUCAUCGAAUAUUGUUCUUACACUAUCGGUCAUUGAUAUUUUUCAUUGUUAUGUGCUACGUGUAAAAAAACUUUCGUGGUACUCGUAUAAAUUCGCAAUGUCUUGUUUGUUUCGUUUAAUAGUCGUGAUGUUCGUUUUCGGCAGUCAUUAUUGUUCCGUUGACUAUUCCCGUCGGUCCGUGUCACCAACAUGUUCCCCAGACGGGUUAAAAUCGAAUAUGAGCGAUAAAGUCGCCAAUACUGUGACGUGUAAUUCCGAAGUAAAAAUCCGAAAUUUAUACAAUUUGACCAAUGAACAGCUGAGCUUGUAUGCGACCGCUCAGUGGAAUUAUAACGUCAACGAGAACGAGGAGACGACGGAAGAGGCCCUGAAAUCUUCUAUACAAUUGUUUUUAUAUCAAAAGUUACUGAUCACUUCAGCUAAAAAUUUGUCUGCAUCUUUUGGCAUGAAAUAUAAAGAUUUGUUGCCUUUGGUGUACUUUAUGCACGACCGCGGCUUAUGUCAACUGGACUUGUGUGAUUUUAAAGCAAUUCAGUCGCUGAAGAGUAAACUAAAAUCAAUGAUAAAUGGUUUAGUCAUCUACGAAUACCGCGAGAAGACCGAUCAUCCAUGUGAAAUAACGGCGAAUGAAGUGCAUUUCAUCAUGGUGAACUCGACGGACGUGGCAGAGUUGAAAUACUAUUGGAAAGCUUGGCACACCCACACUGGAUUCGAAAUGAAAACUAUCUACAUGAAGUACAUAGGACUGUUAGACCAUAUGGCAAAGUUGAACAAUUUUUCCAACGAAUUCGAGUACUACGCGAAACUGUACUCGACGGACGGGUGCCGUCCUAACGUCGACCGGAUGUACGAGAACAUAAGACCGCUUUAUUUGCAGCUGUACGCGCGUGUUCGAAGAAUUCUCAGGGAAAAAUUUGGAACGGUUGCCGUGUCCUGCGACGGUCCUAUCCCGGUACAUUUAUUGGGUUCAAUAUUGGGUCAACCAUGGACUAACUUAUUACCAUCUUUGACUCAUGAACGUUUCAUACACAUAAGUUCCAGAACAAACGCUAAAACUCCAAAGCGAUUGUUUGAUCAAGCCAACAGAUUUUUUACCUCGAUCGGUAUGGGAAACUUACCGAAAAGCGUUUGGUCUAAUUCGAUGUUCGAAGAAAAUGAAAAUUUUGCUGACUGUACAUCUUCAUCUUGGGAUAUGUACAAAAACAAUGAUUUCAGAAUAAAAAUGUGUUUCCGAGAUACUGUUGAUGAUGUUUAUACAAUGCACAAGCAAUUAGGGUUGGUGCACUACUUCUCAGCUUAUAAAAUACAACCCAUUAUAUUUCAACAUACAUCUGAUGCAGCGUUCGUGGACGGCAUGAUAAACGCGCUGACGUUGUCCGCACGGUACCAGGAUCACAUAGACCGGUUCAAAGACAGCGCUCUCAGCCGGCACAGCUAUUUGCUGCGGACGGCCAUGGAAAAGGUCGCCGUGUUGCCUUUCGUAUACGCCACAGACGUGUGGCACGCAAACGCGUUCAAAGGGCCGUUCGCGCCGAAGCGCACGAACGAUUUCUGGUGGAACCAAAGGUUCAAGUACGAGGGUGUAGUGUCUCCGAUUUCCAAAAGCAAGGACAAAUGUUCCAACUCCAAUUACAAACCGUUCGAUCCCAGUGCGGCGUACGACAUGCUGACGGAACUGCCGUACAUCAGGUAUUUUUUAGCACCAGUUAUAGAGUUUCAAAUAUUUAAAGCAUUAUGUACAACGUGUGGCGAGUAUGACCCUAAAAACUCGAAAAUCAAGCACUUAUACGAAUGUAAUUUACGUGGUUAUAAAAAAAUCGGCAAAAUUAUCAGUUUAGUAAUGUCAAAAGGUUCUUCGACAAAAUGGCAAUUACUAUUUGAAAUGAUUGUCGGACACCAACGAUUAGAAGUAGAACCGUUGUUAGAAUACUUUCAACCUCUCUACGAACAACUCAGUUUAACUAACAACAAAACCAAUGAAUACAUUGGAUGGAAGGCAUGACUUCUACUUGUAUUAUGGACAAAUUGA